UUAAAGCCAUGGUUAUUUCUACUUUUCAUUAAGUUUAUGGCUAAGACUAAGAGAAAUACGAGAAUAAAGUUUACUUGUGACAGGUUGUGUUUAUAAUUUUUAUGAUUACACAUGAAAAUAUCAUAAGUAUUUUCAACAAUGGGUAAACGAAAGACUUCAGCACCACAGAAGUCAAGUGAAAGUAAGAGACAAGCAUUGACAUGGAUAAUGGGACAACACAAUCUAAAAAAUGAUGCAUCUUUACCAAGUAGCUCCGGGAAUCAGUCUUUUUGUUCAAGUCAGCAAUUGAGUGAAAAUGUGGAUUUGAUAAUCUUGGAUGAAACUGAAGAAGACCUUGAGGAAGGUCAUUCUUCACCUGAUGUCAUUAUAUUAGAUGAUUGUGAAAAAAAGUCUGGAAAUAGUGUAUUACCGAAAUACUGCAAUGAUGCUUCUAGACAAAAGACAGUUAUUCUACCUCUUGUUAAAAAGAAAGAAUCAAGACAGCAGCCUAAUGAUGAAAUUUUGAAUAAUUACCUUUCCUUAAAUAAUUCAUUCAUUCCUAUUUAUAAAAAAAGAACUGAAAAUGAGAAGUGGAAGAGAUCAACUUAUCUUCUUGGACACCUGAUCUUGGAAGUGUCCAGUGAAAAUACUGAUAUUUUGCAGAAUAUGUUGACUUCAGUAAUAUAUCUAUAUUUUGGAUCCAGUAUGAAGAGCUGUCUUCUUUAUUGGGAAGAAGAGGAGGAUGGAAAGAAAACAGCUGGUUACUGUCCUGUCACCUGUCAGGCAGAUUACUAUAGUCUUCGAGCUUUGUCAAAAAAGAAAACUUUGAUGUUAAUGCUAGCAGAAAACAGCCUGAAACAAGGUCUACUCUAUAUAGAAAUCUAUCUGAAGGAAAUCUUUUCUCUUCAGUACCCAAGUCAACCUGUACAUUCAUCAGUUAACACAGAUUUUCAGAGUCUUAUGAAAGUCUUGUUUGGUAUUGAUAUGCCUGUGUGUAAGGACCAUCUUUUAAAAGAAAGACAUGAUGUGGAAGCUUUGUACUCAACUGUUCGGAGUCUACAAAUUUCUGAUGAGAAGAAUACAGAAAAUACUAGUAAAAUGGUCCAGCAUCCUCUUUUGGUUCCAACUUUGCGACCAUAUCAGAGAAGUGCUGUCAACUGGAUGCUUGAGAAAGAACAGCGUAUUUCUGACAUGUCUUCUAAGUUGCAUCCUUUGUUUAUUGAGAUUCAGACUCCUUCACAAAAUACCUUGUACUACAACAAGUAUGGAGGAUUUUUUGUAGAAGAGAAACCUUUGGAACUGCCUUCUUACCCUGGUGGAAUUUUAGCAGAUGAAAUGGGUUUAGGUAAAACUGUUGAAGUUUUAGCUUGUAUCCUCUGUCAUCCUUGGCCUCAACUAAAUGUGAUCAAACUCAAGGAAAGUAAAGAAAAUGACUUGGAAGUAAUAUCUGAGGUCUUUCAAGCUGAGAGAGAAACACUUGAGGUGGUGGAACCAGAUACAUUAAAGCAUCAUUCCUCAGUUUUGGAUAACAGUAACAGUUAUAGCUUAGAAGAAGCUGCAAACGAAUCUGAAAACAGAGUUUACUCCUCCAUCCUAAAUAAAUCGCAUGUGAAGAAGGAAGAAAUUGAAUGUUUUAGUAGUCAUGACAUAAAUAACUCGCAAGACGAUUAUCUUACUUCAUCACCUGUUAGAAAGAAUAUUCUAAGUCAACAGCCUGUCCAGUUUAUAGAGAACAUAAGAGAAACAAAUGGUAUAGGUGAUUCUGAUAACAAGCAACAUUGUGCUAAUGAUGAACUAGAAGAUAAUAAAACAACUUUAAGUAAAGUGAACACUGCUCAGACAUAUAUUGGGUUAAAUUCUAAGAAUGAAAAAAAUAAAAAGGAUAAUUUUAAUAGACAUAAAACAAGCUGUGAAAAAGUAAAGCAGAAGUCAAAAAAUUUUAUUGUAGAUGAAACCUUAAAAAAGAAACAAUAUUUUGAGUGUAUCUGUGGGUCACAUGGUAGUAAGUACAACACUAAAAACAAAAUUCAGUGCGAAAAGUGUGGUCUUUGGCAGCACCCAACCUGUGUUAAGUUCAACAUAGAUGACAUUGGAGUUAUUCCUUUCUACUGCCCCAAUUGUUGGGUUGAUCCUUCAACAGAGCCCGUAGAGUCAGGAGCAACCUUAAUUGUUUCUCCUGCAUCGAUCAGUUACCAGUGGCAGGAGGAGAUUGAAAAGCACAUUAAGGAUAGUCAACUCAGAGUUCUAGUGUAUAGUGGAGUUAAUAAACAAGGAUUUGUACAACCUCAAGAACUGGCGACCAACUAUGAUAUCGUCCUGACAACUUAUGAAACAUUGCGAAAGGAAAUUGAUUAUGUAGAUCUUCCUCAUAGCAACAGCCAAAAUGGAAGACGGCUCAGACAUCCGAAGCGGUACAUGGCUAUCCCAUCUCCAAUCAUUGCUGUUCAGUGGUGGAGGAUUUGUUUGGAUGAAGCCCAGAUGGUUGAAUGUGCUACUACCAAAACAGCAGAAAUGGCACAAAGACUGACAGCCAUCAAUCGCUGGUGUGUUACUGGAACUCCAAUUCAGAAAAAUAUUAAUGAUCUCUAUGGCCUAUUACUCUUCCUUGGAAAAGAUCCUUACUGGAUAAAGUUGUGGUGGCAGAAAGUUUUGUAUGAGCCAUAUUGUGCAGGUGAUCAGAUGCCACUCAUCCAGACCCUCAGUCAGUGCUUUUGGAGGAGUGCCAAGAAAAAUGUUCUGGAUCAGAUUGGUAUUCCACAUCAAGAAGAAGUCCUUCAUUGGCUGGAGUUUUCUCCUGUUGAAACUCAUUUCUACAAAUCUCAACAUCAGCAGUGUUCUCUUAAAGCCAGGGAGAUUCUAAGAAAGUUUGGUAACUUGGAUAUAAAACUAAGCUGUUUGGAUAGGCAAACCAUGUCAAAGAUCAGUGGGUUAUUUGAGUUCUCUCAGAGGGACUUGUCCUUCAAUUCCUUUCCCCCUCCUCCUUUAUCACAGAUACCCAUUUCUUUCCCUCUGCCUCGGGAUCCCAUUACCAGUCAGUGUCUGUCAGAGGCAAUUCAAGACCUUUUGUCCCAACAGGCCAAUGAACCUGUGAAUCAUCUUUCUCAGGAUAACCAUAUCAUUGAGUGUCAUGUUCAGAGUGCUUUCAAUCUUGUUGAAGAUUGUCUUUCUCGUCCAGACAGAAUUACCAUGACAAUGGAAGAACUUUUAACUUCACUCAUUAAAAAAGCCAAGCUUGAAUGUGAAGAGGCUCAUCGUCAGUUAAUAGCUGCUCUCAAUGGCUUAGCUGCUAUACAUAUCAUUCAGGAAGAAUACUCUGAUGCUGCAGAGAAAUAUCGAGAGGUCUUGCGUUCAAUUGAUGACUGUGGCCAGCACUUAAAGAUUGAUAGACCUCAGCAGAUUCACACCCUCCACAAUCUUGCAGAACUCUUGAGUGGAAAGAUCCAUGCAGGUAGAGAAAAUAAAGAUGGUGACCAUGCUUUUGGGAAUUCAAAUGAUAAAUCAGGUCAUAGUAUUAGUAAUAUUGGAGAAUCUCCUGACCAUCCAAAACAGUUUUUAGAUGCUCAAAUUGAAAUUCCAGAACAAGGUGAUUUGGAUCAAGAAGUGCAACAUUCAGCUUCCAAUGACAGCAGCAGUUGUUAUGAGAAGACACAGAAACAUUUACUGUCAGUGCCUGUUUCUACUGUCAAUCCACCUCCCGGUAUUGGUCGAACCCUGCGAGAUGAGAGUCUUCAUGAAGAAGCCAAGAAGUUACGGUCUUCUUACUUGGAUAAAUAUAUCAGCCAGGUUCAAAAUUCAUUAGAACUUCUUGACAAGGCCACUACUGCAGUUCGUGAAAAUUGUUCUCAGUUUAGGAGUAAGGAUACCAAUCGUUGGUGGUUGGCUGCUUUGAAGCACCUUUGUAAUGUUGGUGAAGAUGAAGUAUUUAUUGAUAAGAUAAAAGAUGAAUUAACAGGAAACAGAAACUCUGGUCUUACUUCAGUUGCUCACAGGUUUCGAGAUAUUCGUGGACUCCAGUAUGUUCUCACUACCCUUCUUGAUGAACUUAAUGCUUCUCGCAGUAAGCUGUAUGCUGCAGUGAAAAGGCUACGUGCAACUCCAUCUCAGAGUGAUGUAAACAGUGCUGUUGACUGCCACCUUCGGCCUGCAGGAGGUUCCCAUAGGAUAAAAUGCAUUUAUUGCAAAGUUCAUGAUUCGUUCAACCAUUAUGAAGGUCGAGUGUUCUGUUUUAAGGAAGAUGUGUCAGUAUCUGAACCUACAACCAGUGAAGAGGCUUUGUUUGCACCUCUUCGUCGAGGAACAUGGGCAGAUAGUGAACUGGAAUGUAUUCUUAAAAUACUCCUGAACUUUGCAAAACAUCAAGGGGCUGACAACACUGCAAUUGAAGAUGGCGCUCUCCACAUCAAGCUAUUUGACAACUACAAGAAAGAAUUUAGGGCAUUGCGACGAGUGUGGAUGCAGAUUCACGAUUAUGCUUCAGCUGUAGAUGAGGUUGAUAUGGCUACCAUUAGACUGCGAGUUCGGUAUUCCAAUGAACCAAAGCCAGACCCUCCAGUAUCUUACAUCCUUGAAUCACAAGACGUGGAUCCUAUGAAACUGAAGCUUUUAUCUGAAAGGACCGUUGGACAAAAUGAGCUAAGAAAGAAAUUAGGGCAGUUUUUCUAUCUUCAAAACCUAGCCAAGGCAGAUCAUGGCAAGAAAGGAGGUUCGAAUCCUGAACUGUGUCCUAUUUGUCAACGAACAUUGGGGGUACAGUGGAGUGUGUUAGAAUGUGGCCACAGUUUCUGUUGUGAUUGUAUUCGUAUAUUGAUAACGGAAUUUGCUGUUGGUGGUCGUAACCUGUCACUACGAUGUGCUGUCUGUCGUCAGCGAACUCCUACCUCAAAUAUUUCGUAUAUUGACACAAGAGCUUCUGCCGAAGAAGAGAAAAUAUCAGUCAAGGGUAGCCACUCCACAAAAGUAGAGGGUAUUGUGAGAUGUUUACUUCAGAUAAAAAUGGAAGAUCCAGAAGCAAAGUCAUUAAUAUUCUCCACUUGGGUUGAUAUGCUUGAUCUGAUUGGUCGAGCCCUGGAGGAGAAUGAUGUGUCAUUCGUUACACUUCAUGCCCAUAACCAGUUUCAGAAUAAUCUCGUGAGAUUCAAGUACGAUUCUGAGGUGAGAGCACUACUACUACCUGUCCAUUCGGGAGCUAAUGGGCUAAACUUAAUCGAGGCCACACACAUACUUCUUGUGGAGCCAAUAUUGAACCCAGCUAGUGAAGUUCAAGCUAUUGGUCGAAUUCAUCGCAUUGGUCAAACCAAGCCCACCAAAGUACAUCGUUUUAUCGUGCAAGGUACAAUUGAGGAAAAAAUCCAUCAUGCUUUACAACCAUACCACCCCUCUGUAGACAGUCUGGAAGUUGAACAGCACAGCAUGACACUAAAAGAAUUGCAAGAUUUGUUUGACCAGUCCUAACAAUUAAAUUUUUGACUCCCUAGAAGAAAUACAAAAUUUGUUCCAACACCAAUUGUACAGUUUUUUUUUCACACUAAAGGUAGUCAGUAGUACAUUUUUAGUUCUUUAAGAUGCAUUGUUGGAAGUAUCUUCUGUUAAAGUGUGGUAAACAUACAAAACUGUGAGAGAUUUGAGUAAUUGGCUUCAGACGUAAAAUCCACACACUCCAUUGGUUGGUUAAGAUUUUUUACUCUCUCUCUCUUCCACACUGGUAAUGACAAUUCAUGAUUAUAAUAAUAUAACUUCAGUGAUUAAAGAGUAAGAGCGUGUUAAUAUUAUCCAUGUUAAGUCUAUCAUACAAAAAUUGUUAUGGUAACUUGUAAUGUUACAAGUGUUCUUGAUACAUUUCAUUUUUAUACUCAUCACCAAUUUGCAACUUUUUAUUUUUUUUCUCUUUGUACAGGUAUACAAGUUUAUUUUAACAUUUCAAGAGAUAAUGUACAUAUAUUUUAUCCUGUCAUGUUUUUUGUAAACACAUAUCACACUGAUACAGAGCUUUUGUUAAAAUUCAGAGUGAAAAAUGUUAAGUUUUUAUUUACUGCAAAUGUACAUUUCCAAACAAAACUCCAUUAAAGUAAGCAAGAAUAUGUCCUUACCCCAUGUGUCUUAAGUGCAUUUUGCAAAAUAAUAUCAUCUGAAUAAUAUGUUACAUGUACAUGUAAUAUAUCAUUCUUCAAUAUUGUGUUGGAUCUGCCAUGACCUAUCAUAUGUCACCAUCAUUUUUCUGAUGAGCUCUAGAAAUGUAACCUGACUAUGAGAAAGAUUGAAGAAGUUUACAUGUAAUAUUACAGCUAUGACAACUGUUAUAAUGUCUAUUAUUCUCCUCAGUUCAAUGUUAUGCAUAUUGGGUUUAAUGGUGAUUUGCAGUCAUGGUUAUCAUCAACAUAUCAGAUAAAAAUUUUAAAUAUUUUCAAGAUAAAAUGACAUUUCUUGAUAAUAAUAUUUAUUACUGGAAGUGACAAAUAUAAAUGAUACAGUUUUUCAGAAGUAACAACAUACUAAUUUAAUAAUUCCAUUUAACAGUAAUGAAAAAAGUCAAAUAACACAUUCCAAAGUGAAUCAACUGGAAUAGUAUUACUAUAAUUUAUGUAUGCUGUCUUAGAUUGCUUGUGAAUCCUAUAUUUUUCAAGAUUUCACAAGUUAUUGCAUCAGGCAGAGGUAAAUGAAAAAUCUGAUCUUUCUUUGAUAAAACUAACUUUUCAGUUAAAUAUUCAAUUUUAGAAACAACACAUUUUAUACAUUAUUAUAAAAUAUUCAAUCAAUUUAAAAUAGCAUAAUAUCUUGCAUUUCUCGAGGAAAUGUUUUUAGUAAUUCUAACACCAGGUUAAGCAGGUGGUCCAUUUAAAACAAUGUUAUGUAGUGUUUUUGGUAGAGAGAUGGAUUGAAAAAGUAAUUUGUUUUUUCUCAGGACGAUUAGUAUUACUGUAAAUUUGACCUCUCUUUGCAAGCUGUACACAAUGUCUAACAAUGCUAUCUUUGUUGAGCCUUUUUCAUUCAUACCAGUGCAAUCAGUUUCAAUUUUUUAUUGUAUCUAGUUUAUUUAAUGCUUCUUCUGGCUUCACUUACAAGGAUUUGAAGAUGGUAAUGAUUAUUUUUAUAACCCACAAAAUAAAUCUACCAGCACAUUCAGCUUAGAUAAAGUAGUGAGUUCAUAUAAAACUGUGUAAAGGUUUUAUGCAUUUUGUAAAUUAGGUUCAUUAGCAAUAUUGUUUAAAAUAUUUAAUUUUCAGAAUUUAUAUAACUUUCCUUUUUGCCAAUUAUCGAAUAGAAAGGCUUUUAGUAAUAUUUCUUAAUAGUAUAAAUAUAUAGUAUGUUGCUGUUGGGCUUAGGAUGCUGGCUUGUUAGUGAUAAAUUCAACGAUGAAUAAACAGCACUCACUUCACUUGUUUUCAAA